CCUUUAAAAACCCCAUGGUCAUAGCUACUAGCCACAUUUUUUCUUAUUGAUCAUGUUAAUAUGAGUCACAAAAAAGCUCUUUCGCAGGGAAGCAUACCCUUUUCUUGGGAGGACAAACCCGGAGUUUGUAAGACCCCCAACAAUAAUGAGUGCUCUCUACAGAAAAUAUCACCUUCCUCCUUACCACCACCAUUUCCUAGCCACGUGGACUACUCAAAGAAGAAGAUUCCUCUGCCUCCUUAUCCGUUGUCACAACCACCUCCUCUUCCUCGUAGAAGCACGUCGAGGAAGGGCUUUAAGCGGCAGGAUGACCCUUUUCUUGUUGCUUACAAGGAGUGUACCAAAGGUGAGAAAAAUGGCAAGUUACUCGACAAAAAUAAAAGAGGUGUUGGAUUCAAUUUUAGCCCAAGGAGAAUCAAAUUCACUCUUUCUUGUAGAAGUAUCAGUGAUGCAAGGGACGAUUAUGUAAUGCAACCUGUUCGUAUUCCUAUGGUUAGAACUCGUGCGUUGUUAACAUUGGAAGAUGAUCACAAACAAUCUUUUAACCAUGGAACAUGGCUGUGAUUUGUUUAUCUGUUAUUUUGUUUCCUUUCAAGAUUUGCAAGAUAAUUAUGACUUUUAACAUAUUUAUU